ACACCGCUUGGAGCGUUUCUACGGUUCGUGACGCCCCAACUUCUGAAGAAAAUUGCUGGAACCAGCAAUGACUACUUUGAAGAAAAUCUGGACGCGCGCGUGCAAGCACAACAUGCCAAGCAGCAAGCCCGACAGCAGAAGAAGCCGGGCUUUCAGCCUCAAACACCUGAACAAAUCAAGACAAACUUGCAAAAAACUCCUGAAAUUUUGGGCAGAGACUUGUGCAUCUUUAUUGGACUUCUUAUUGCGCGGACAAUUGCUCCUAACGGGGAGAAAUUCGCCAAUCAUUGGAAGACGACGGACGAGGGGGCCAUCCCACGCGGCUGCUUUGGCCAGUACAUGACGCGGGAUCAAUUCGACCACGUUUCGCGCAAUCUUCACUUCAGCAACUCU